GAGCGGCGUCCUGGGCUCGGAGUGGCUCCCGAGGCUGAGUGACUCACCCAGGCGGGAGAGACCCCCGCCCUCUCCAGGGCCCACCCAGCUCCUCCUCCUCGCCCGCCCCUCCCCUCCUGGGCUGAAACUCCGGAGGCGCCGGAGAGCAGAGAGGACUUCUCCCUCUGGUCACCAGUCACUGCCAGCCCACCCUGCCCUGCCCCUGCUCCACGGUGACACGCAGGCCGGAGACAUGAGGCUGCUCCGAGCUCUGCUCCCGCUGCUGCUGCAGGCCUCCUGGGCCACCGCACAGGACGACCCGGCGGCCGCCAGGGCCAUCGCCUUCCAAGACUGCCCCGUGGACCUGUUCUUCGUGCUGGACACGUCCGAGAGCGUGGCCUUGAGGCUGAAGCCCUAUGGGGCCCUGGUGGACAAAGUCAAGGCCUUCACCAAGCGCUUCAUCGACAAUCUGAAUGACAGGUACUACCGCUGUGACCGCAACCUGGUGUGGAAUGCGGGCGCGCUGCACUACAGCGAUGAGGUGGAGAUCAUCCGCGGGCUCACGCGCAUGCCCAGCGGCCGCGACGAGCUCAAGAGCAGCGUGGAUGCGGUCAAGUACUUCGGCAAGGGCACCUACACGGACUGCGCCAUCAAGAAGGGGCUGGAGGAGCUGCUGGUGGGGGGCUCCCACCUGAAGGAGAACAAGUACCUGAUCGUGGUGACUGACGGGCACCCCCUGGAGGGCUACAAGGAGCCGUGUGGGGGCCUGGAGGACGCCGUGAAUGAGGCCAGGCACCUGGGCAUCAAAGUCUUCUCCGUGGCCAUCACGCCUGACCACCUGGAGCCACGCCUGAGCAUCAUCGCCACGGACCACACGUACCGGCGCAACUUCACGGCGGCUGACUGGGGGCAGAGCCGCGACGCAGAGGAAGUCAUCAGCCAGACCAUCGACACCAUCACGGACAUGAUUAAAAAUAAUGUGGAGCAAGUGUGCUGCUCCUUCGAGUGCCAGCCCGCCAGGGGACCUCCUGGACCGCGAGGCGACUCCGGGUACGAGGGAGAGCGCGGGAAGCCGGGUCUCCCAGGAGAGAAAGGAGAAGCCGGAGAACCCGGAAGGCCUGGGGACCUCGGACCCGUUGGCUACCAGGGCAUGAAGGGAGAAAAGGGGAGCCGAGGGGAGAAGGGCUCCAGGGGACCCAAGGGCUACAAGGGCGAGAAGGGGAAGCGCGGCAUCGAUGGCGUGGAUGGCAUGAAGGGGGAGAUGGGGUACCCCGGCCUGCCAGGCUGCAAGGGCUCGCCCGGAUUCGACGGCAUCCAAGGACCCCCGGGGCCCAAGGGCGAUGCGGGUGCAUUCGGUCUGAAAGGAGCGAAGGGGGAGCCUGGAGCAGAUGGGGACCCAGGGAGGCCGGGGAGCACAGGCCCCCCCGGAGAUGAGGGUGAGCCCGGAGAGCCUGGCCCGCCGGGAGAGAAAGGCGAAGCCGGCGACGAGGGAAACCCGGGACCAGAUGGCCCCCCUGGAGAGAGGGGCGGCCCAGGGGAAAGGGGACCACGGGGGACCCCAGGCACGCGGGGCCCGAGAGGAGACCCGGGCGAAGCCGGACCCCAAGGUGACCAGGGUCGAGAAGGCCCCGUUGGCGUUCCAGGAGACCCGGGCGAGGCUGGCCCCGCUGGACCGAAAGGGUACCGAGGGGACGAGGGGCCCCCAGGGCCCGAGGGCCUCAGAGGAGUCCCCGGGCCUGCAGGCCCCCCCGGAGACCCAGGGCUGAUGGGCGAAAGGGGUGAAGACGGCCCCCCCGGAAACGGCACCGAGGGCUUCCCCGGCUUCCCGGGCUAUCCGGGCAGCAGGGGCCCUCCCGGGACAAACGGCACUAAAGGCUACCCCGGCCUCAAGGGGGAUGAGGGAGAAGCUGGGGACCCCGGAGAGGACAACAAUGACAUUUCUCCUCGAGGUGCCAAAGGAGCGAAGGGGUACCGAGGCCCCGAAGGCCCCCAGGGACCCGCAGGGCACACAGGACCUCCGGGGCCGGAUGAAUGCGAGAUUUUGGACAUCAUCAUGAAAAUGUGCUCUUGCUGUGAGUGCAAGUGCGGGCCCAUCGACAUCCUCUUCGUGCUGGACAGCUCUGAGAGCAUCGGCCUGCAGAACUUUGAGAUCGCCAAGGACUUCAUCGUCAAGGUUAUUGACCGGCUGAGCCGGGACGAGCUGGUCAAGUUUGAGCCCGGGCAGUCCCACGCAGGCGUGGUGCAGUACAGCCACAACCAGAUGCAGGAGCACGUGGACCUGAGGGACCCCAACAUCAAGAAUGCCCAGGACCUCAAGGAAGCCAUCAAGCAGCUGCAGUGGAUGGGCGGGGGCACGUUCACGGGCGAGGCCCUGCAGUACACCCGGAGCCGGCUGCUGCCACCCACCCAGAACAACCGGAUCGCCCUGGUCAUCACCGACGGCCGCUCGGACACCCAGAGGGACACGACCCCCCUCAGUGUGCUCUGCGGCCCUGACAUUCAGGUGGUCUCCGUGGGCAUCAAGGACCUGUUUGGCUUGGCAGCUGGCUCUGACCAGCUGAAUGUCAUUUCCUGCCAAGGCCUGGUGUCCCAGGGACGGCCGGGCAUCUCGCUGGUCAAGGAGAACUAUGCGGAGCUGCUGGACGACAACUUCCUGAAGAACAUCACCACCCAGAUCUGCAUAGACAAGAAAUGCCCAGAUUACACCUGCCCAAUCACGUUCACCUCCCCGGCCGACAUCACCAUCCUGCUGGAUGGCUCGGCCAGCGUGGGCAGCCAUAACUUCGAUACCACCAAGCGCUUCACCAAGCGGCUGGCCGAGCGCUUCCUGACAGCGGGCCGGACGGACCCGGACCAGGACGUGCGCGUGGCGGUGGUGCAGUACAGCGGCACCGGGCAGCAGCGGCCGGAGCGCGCGGCGCUGCAGUUCCUGCAGAACUACACCGUGCUGGCCGGCGCCGUGGAUGCCAUGGACUUCUUCAAUGACGCCACUGACGUCACCGACGCCCUCGGCUACGUGACCCGCUUCUACCGUGAGGCCUCCUCCCCCAGCGCCAAGAAGAAGCUGCUGCUCUUCUCAGACGGCAACUCGCAGGGCGCCACAGCGGCUGCCAUCGAGAAGGCCGUGCAGGAGGCCCAGCGGGCGGGCAUCGAGAUCUUCGUGGUGGUGGUGGGCCGCCAGGUGAAUGAGCCCCACAUCCGCGUCCUGGUCACCGGCAAGACGGCCGAGUACGACGUGGCCUUCGGCGAGCGCCACCUGUUUCGCGUGCCCAGCUACCAGGCCCUGCUGCGGGGCGUCUUCUACCAGACGGUGUCCAGGAAGGUGGCGCUGGGCUAGCAGCCUCCCCGCCCCUGAAACAGAAAGUGAAAAUGUGACCUGAAUUUUCCUGACCCAUCCAAUUAGCUAAGUUUUUUAAAAAAGAAAAGCUUGAAAAGCUGCUCUAUGCUUUGCGCCUCCCCCACCCGCCCUGGC